AGUGUCACUUUUUAUGAACUCAAUGCAAAAAUUUCGGCUUGCACACAAAAUACACUACAAUGACAGACAAUUUCAUUGGUUUCCCCAACGCGAUGGACAAGGAGUUCGACAACUUUUGGAAAAGGGUUAGCUGCUUUGCGGCCGCAAACUUUCCCUUCGAGGAGCGGUGCGAGUUCGUCAGAAACGCCGUGGACUGCAACAUGAGUACGAAUGUGAUACCUUACAUGACUCUUCUGGCCUGCGAACUGAAGUGCGUUAAUAAAUUCGAAGAAUUGAUCUUUAUAAGCUUGUUCAUGGGGAUCUGCUUCGAAAUUCUGGUUUUACUGAUCUACACGAUCAAUGAUUACUAUAGUCCUGCUCUGAAGGCCGUAUCGCGAUUACUUCAUAUGAACGAGCACUUGGCGGGAGUCACCCUAAUGGCGUUUGGAAACAGUUCUGCCGACCUCUUCUCAAACUUGGCGAGUGUUAAAAGACAUGUGCCUGUCCUCGCCAACAGCUUGUCCUCAGCCCUGUUUGUAACCAUGAUUACCGGUGGCCUCAUAUGUUAUCUUACGCCCUUCAAGAUGAAUGCCUACGAAACCGUCCGAGACAUUUUAUUUCUUGUUCUCGGGUCAUUUUUGAUGGAUUACUUUACGUCUUCAAGUAGAAUUAUAAAGAACGAGUGGCAUUUUUUGCUUGUGGCCUUGGUUUACAUCAUGUACAUACUUAUUAACGUCACAGAUGUUUAUCUACUGCGAAGGACUAUAAACUCAACGGCGAACCAAAUUCAAAGCCUGAUGGAGAAAGAAUCAACGCCCAAAAACCUAGAGAAGAUUCGAAAACUAGAAGAAAAGUAUGAUUAUUAUUCACAAGAUGGGCAAGUAGAGAUUUAUGAGCGAUACAGUAAACUCUCGCAGCAAACCAAAAUGCGGUACACCACAUUGCGAAUGGCGCGUAAUUCCCGUGUGAGCGUUAACCGAGGCUUGACCAGAAUUAGGAGGCUCGACAUGACACAGCCGAAGAACAGGGGGCUCUUCAAGGAUUUCUUCCUGGCACUGAGGCCCAUAAAAUGCCAGGCGUGGCGGCAAGCCGACAUUCUGGGUCGGACGCUACUGUUGAUCAGGGCCCCGGCCGUGAUCCUAUGCACCCUCUACAUUCCGCUGGUGGACUAUGAGAUGGACAAACAUGGCUGGAACAAGCUGCUAAACUGCCUUCAUGUGAUAAUUAACCCGGCCUUGUCCAUCUCGGUUCUCAUGUCCUUUCUAAGUAGUAAAGCAAACAGUUUAUGGUACAUCGCCAUGCAGCAGCAAAUUGUUUAUGGGGCGUAUUCCCUUGUUCUUACGGUGCCAGUUUUCAUCUUCAUUCUCAUUAAAACAAGGACAGAUGUGCCACCUUCUUAUCACUGGAUAUUUACGUUGAUGAAUCUGACUGGCUCUAUGUUCAUAAUCUUUAUUUGCGCCACGGAAAUCGAUAAAGUACUGGAGGUAAUCGCAAAUAUGAUGGCCAUAGAUGACGACUUCAUGGGCGCUACGGUAAAGGCUUUUACAGGGAAUCUGAGCAGUCUUUUUGCCAAUACCGCUGUGGCCACUCACGGCUAUCCGAAAAUGGCUUUUGCAUCCGCCAUUGGGGGGUCUUUCUUCACUAUUGUUGUAACCGGAAACACGGUGAUAUACGUAAGGAGUCUCGUAGGUCAAGACGUUACGUCUCGUGACCAGAUGGAAGAUUAUGGUCUUGCCGCUUUUUUGUUUCUUAAUCUGGGUCUGUUUACCAUUCUGCUGUGGUCCACAACGUUAGGAUUUUUCGCCCGCCGCUCCAUGGGAUUGUACUCGAUUGCUCUUUACAGCAUCUAUUUAACAUUCGCCAUUUUGGUUCAUGAGAAAGUAAUUCAUUCGUUCGCUGACGACCCUCAGAUUUCAGCUGCAUUUGGCGAUAUUUAAGUGCUAAACAAUCAGAGCUCUCAUAAAAUUUUUACAACUACUAUUUCUACUCUAAAUUUAUACUUUUAUACCACACUUAACA